AUGGACCGUAUCUCAAGCUUCAUGUUCUUCCUAGAACUUAACUUCGUUCAUCACACAUUUGAUCUCAAGCUUCAUAGAGAGGCUUCUCUGUCCUUCGGACCAGAGGGAAACCUUGUUCUAGCUCAACCAGAUGGUAAAGUGGUCUGGCAGACAAACACAGAAAACAAAGGCGUUAUUGGUUUAACCAUGAACGAGAUCGGUAACCUUGUGUUGUUUGAUGAUGGAGGAUGGCCUGUGUGGCAGAGUUUUGAUUUUCCGACAGAUACACUCUUGGUUGGCCAGUCUCUUACACUUGAUGGCUCGAACAAGCUUGUGAGCCGUGAUAAUGGGUCAUACACUCUUACCUUAGAGCCUAACCGGCUCGUUCUAAGUCAUUUAAUCUCUAGGGGUAAGAACAGAACCGUUCUCUAUCACGUUAUAGAAGGUCGUUUUAUUCCAAGCACGACAUUAUACGCGGUUAAAGACCAAGGAACCGCGACUCAGUUGGGUUUAGUCACUCCUGGUCUUAGGCCCGAGUUUCCUUACAAGCAGUUUCUCGCGAGAGCUAGGUUUAAUGCCUCGCAGAGUUUACUCAGGCUUGACGCUGAUGGGAAUCUAAGGAUCUACACUUUUGAUUUCAAAGUUAGUUUUCUUGCGUGGGAAGUAACGUUUGAGCUCUUUAACCGCGGAAACAACGAGUGUUGGUUACCGUCGAAAUGUGGAGAGUUUGGGCUUUGUGAGGAUAAUCAGUGUGUGGCUUGUCCGUCGGGUUUGGGCCUAUUGGGCUGGAGUAAGGGUUGUAAGGUCAAGAAGGUGAAGAGUUGUGAGCCAGAGACGUUUCGUUAUUAUAGACUUGGUGGUGUUGAUCAUUUCGUGACUAAGUAUAACGUUGGUCUUGCUGUUGGAGAGAGUAAGUGUCGUGGUUUGUGUAGUGGAGACUGUAGAUGUUUGGGGUAUUUUUACGAUAAGAGUAGGUUUAAGUGUUGGAUUAGCUAUGAGCUUGGGGACUUUGGUUAA